CAAAAACACUUUCGGAGAACACUUGGUACCCAUUGCAGCCUCUACAACCUUAUCCUCCACCACAAAUCUAAUCUCCCAAAUCCAGAACCAUCCAUUGCCAGCUCUUCACACCUCAGCAACCAACACUCUACACUCUUCUCCAUCCACAUCAACACACACAAACAAGAAAAAAGACACACACUGCAUACAAGAACGAUCAAGACAACACAAAAAAAGUAGACGAAAAUAGAAAGAAAAAAAAGCGGGGAGUGACUCGGGUGAGUGAUCGAUUGAUCAUCAGAAAUGGCCUCAACUGCAUGCUAUUGGCACCACCAUGCAGCAAUCUCUAGCCCAUCCGCAGCAAGAACUUCUUCUUCUUCUCAGCGCUAUGCGUUGCUGUUGAAGCCCAACCAGCUAAUCUGCCGAGCCACCACCGUGUCGUGUCCCGUCGCUCUUACUGUGUUGAUUGGUGCUGCUGCCGUUGGCUCCAAGGUUUCACCUGCUGAUGCUGCUUACGGAGAAUCAGCCAACAUCUUCGGAAAGCCAAAGACAAACACAGAUUUCAAGCCUUACACUGGGGAUGGAUUCAAGCUUUCCAUCCCUUCAAAAUGGAACCCGAGCAAUGAAGUCGAAUACCCCGGCCAGGUCCUGAGAUAUGAGGACAACUUCGAUGCAACGAGCAACCUAACCGUAACCAUCACCCCCACGGACAAGAAGUCGAUCACCGACUAUGGUUCCCCUGAGGAUUUCCUGUCUCAAGUGGACUAUCUGCUAGGGAAACAAGCCUACUUUGGUAAAACUGAUGCAGAGGGUGGAUUUGAUUCGGGUGUCGUUGCAACUGCAAACAUAUUGGAGGCUUCGACUCCGGUGGUUGGAGGGAAACAAUACUACUUCUUGUCUGUCUUGACAAGAACGGCCGAUGGGGACGAGGGUGGGAAGCACCUGCUGAUCACGGCGGCCGUGAAGGACGGGAAGCUCUACAUAUGCAAGGUACAAGCCGGAGACAAGAGAUGGUUCAAGGGCGCAAGGAGGUAUGUUGAGAAUGCAGCAAGUUCUUUCAGUGUUGCUUAAUGAGAUGAGAAGAGCUAUGGGAUCAUUUGCAGUGAUGUGUAUGUGUAUAUUUAACUGCACAAAGAUAUCAACACUUGACCAAAUUGAGUUUGUUUUAAGUUUUAGACUGUUAAGUGGUGCCUAAGUUGUUAUUGAAAACUCAUAACAUGGUUUUUCCACACCUUUAGAGUCCCUUGUAAGGAAGCUAGAAUGUGCCCCUAGCCCACUCGGUGAAUGAUUUUUUAUCACAUUUAUGUAUUGCAUAUUAUUGUCACA